GAACAGGUGCUUGCUUACCUUGAUCUGAGUCAGCAGAGUGCUUUACAGGAGCAGUAAACGAGAUUGUGUAUCUAGUUAAGGUUAGUUUGUUCUGCAGGGAGUGUUCACAAUAUUACAGCACAUCAUGGUUUUCGAGGGGUGUGGAGUAAACUGGGCCCCCACCCUCAGUGCAAGGAUAGAGUGUAUCAGACUAAUCUGCCAUCAUGUUUCCGUGGAGACCACUGAUCUCUGAGUGUGUGAUCCACCACCCUACUCAUAGUCAUGGAUACUUUAGCUCCACAGUCUGUGUUGGACCACAGGUCUAACAAGAAGGAACCUCACUUGGUCUCAGAUCAUAUCACUCGGCAGAAGUCAGCCAGUGGAUCACAAAAUCGAGACCCAGAUACUGAGGAGGAAAUAGAUGUUAGAAUACCCCAGCCAUACAGAACGAGCUUCAGUGCAGUCCUCACGCCUGCUAAAGUUAAAAAAGAACGGAGUCGAUCAACAACUCCGACCCGGGUCUUAACAUCCAGCAUGAAAUCUGAACACAGUGCAACUGCUCGUAAAGUGAGCCCAAAGCAUGUGACUUAUGAUGCUAAAGUUACUGUGAGGCAUUCAGACUCAUUUGAGCAUGAAACUGAUGUGCUUCAGGGGGAAGAGAUGAAUUCAAGUAUAGAUCCAGCUUUUGAUCCUUCUUUUACAGAUUGUGAUAGUCCUAGAGGAAAAAGUGAGUAUUCAUCAAAAAUUAAGGAAAUGACCGAGUUAAUUGUGAAGGAGUACCCUGUGCAGAAUGGUAUUGAUGUAACAGAUUCUAGUCAAAACAAUACGAAAAGGGUCAUGGGACGACAGAAUGCUAAAAAUGGAAUGGCCAAUGGGGGAUCUCCUACCAGACAAAAACCAAUGCCUCCUGUAAAUGAGCUGUCCAGGGAAUAUGAACAUGACCGUACAGUGAGUUAUAGACAAGCCAUCAACAAUAAAUAUUCAGAGGAGGUGAAGAGACUUGCAGAGGCCAAAAUUGAAGAGAGAUUCCCACCAGGUGGAAGAAUCACACACAAUAAUCUUGUCAAGGAUAUCAAAGCAGAGCGGUCAAAUUCUGUGCCCUCACAUCCUGGAAGGGACAACAGUAAUAAACUAACUCCAACAAAGCGGUCAGUUGGAGGCAGCAUUGGGAACUUCUUUAGAAAGUUGUCACCAAGACUUGGACGAAAAUCUCAUAAGGACAAAGGAUCUACCUCAAGUAUGGACACUGCUGGAUCUCAACAGGAAGAGAGCUUUUCCAGAAGUAAAGUGAGAAGCUCCUUCCUGAAGCUGAUGGGUCGUUCUAAGCGACGGUCCAACUCCCAGUCCCGGAGCCAGGACAGUUUGGAUGAUUUUACUGCUGAUCAUGAAGCAGGCUUUGUCCAUGAUGAGAAGCCAAACCAAAUUCCAUCUGCUUCUAGCAGAAUUCUGAAAUCCAUCGAACAAAACACCAUUGCUGAGAGAGAUGUUUACCAAAGAUUCAAAGAGAAGCAAUCACCAAAGAGUUUAUCUGAGGCACCUCAGCCCCAGAGUGAGGGCCAGAGACAAUCUAGACCCCAGGCCAUGAGAGCAACAGCAGCAGUGUCACCGCCAGGGAUGAACAAAGAGAACCUUACACAGAUGGAUGGCCCCAGUACUAGUGGUGUACAUUAUAAAGAGGAGCCCUGUGCUCGAGUGGAAUCACCAAACUCUGUAGAUGUUCAUGUGGUGUCAAAGUCCCCCAGAAUCCCCCAAACAUCUGUGCUGAGUACAAACGAGGACUCUAUUGGCAAUUGUUCAUUGGACAACACUGUCACAGACAGUGAAUCUUCAUUAAGCCAAGGAGGUUCCAGUAACGACUCCAAGCGACCAGUAUUUGGAAGCAGAGAGAACGUGAUCCGCUCAGAGAGUGCCCUGAGCCCCACUAGAGGAGAUCAGUAUUCUGAAAAAAUUCGCUCUGCCUCAGAAAAUGGGGUAUUCCUCACAAACAUGCCAAAACUGGCCUCAACAGCUGAUGUGGAAUUUAAAGAGUGUACAAAUACUCCAUCAUAUUUAAAACUAAGUUGUGCUGUGAGUGGUUAUGGGAGAUACAGUCAGUACAGUUCAUAUAAAUCUAUAGAGAAACGCUCGCCAUAUUCUAGCUGUUUAUCUUUACAAUCGGACUACAAAAUGCCAGUCACUAGAGUGACCUCCCCUAUGAGACGGACUUCUGCGUCAAACAGUACGCUAGAACUGGGUCUUAUAUGUCCCCAGCCCUUAGUGUAUGAUAAUGGACUCAUUUCUAAUGGUGCAUCAGAGAAUGGACAGGGUGUGUUACCAGACGAUCACUACCCCACAGGAGACAGACAGCAGGAUGGGGAAUACUUUUUGAGACUUACCCAGCAGUGGGAUGACCAAUUAAUGUCACACUGUCGGCAGAUAGAGGGAGACUUAGAGAGUCCCAACACCCCAGAGGAUGUGCGAGGUAAAAUCCGGGCAGCUGUGGGUAAAGCUAAUCUGCUGAUCUCCCAGAAGUUUAAGCAGUUCCGAGAGCUGUGUGCGGAACACAUGAAUCCUUCUGAAGAUGGUAAGGUGUUGAAGUGGGCCGACUUACAGGGAUUCUGGGAUAUGAUUAAGAUCCAGGCGGACAAUAUCGAUGACCACUUUGCAGAGCUGGACCUGAUGAGACAGAAUGGAUGGAAGGAACUCGCAGUCCAUUCAAGAGGAAGUUCUGUAAAUUCAAGUCCAAAGUCUGGAAGUAUAUCACUGAGUAACGGAAGCACGCCUAGUGGAACGCCAGGGUCCCGAAGGAAAACUCCCAAGGCAAAAGACACGCCAGAUUCUUCUCCAGAAAGAACAGAAAAAAUGAGGGCAGCAGCUAAGGCACGUGAGGAGGCUCGCAAGAAAAUGCUGGCAGACCGACGGGCAGCAAUGAAACAGAAACAAAAACAAGAGGAUGUGGAGAUAUUUGUCUCCUGAAAAUGGAUGUUAUUGUAUGAGUCCGAUGAGGAGGUAUUCAACUCCUCAAAGAGGUGAAAAAAGACUUUAUUUAUUACUAAACUGCCAAAGUGUCAAGUAUUCUGAAGCAAGUUUUGGUGCCAUAGAAAAGGUGUUAUGAUUUCAUUUUGAUGUGAACUGAACAAGUUCAGGAGGCCAAGAGAAGAUUUUGGAUGUAUUUUUGAUAGUGGAAAUGCACAAUAUUCCUGGCUAGCAAGUUCACUAUAUACUCCCUGUCUGAAAAUGAUUGGAUAUUAAAUGUAUCUAAUGUUGUUAUGGCUUGGAAACUUUGUGGUUGAUAUACAAUGUGCAAUAUUUGUGAAUUCCAAGGUAUCGCUGUGUCUACAUGUAUUGCAUUGUUGACAUCCAGGGGUAAUUUGACCAUCAUGUAAUUGUGGUCUUGGGUAUUUAUGUCACUGUUGUGGGGAACAACAGAUUUAACGUAAUGCAUAUUUAUUUACAAAGCCAAAUGUGCCAAGAGGUAUUUUGGUAAAAAGAAUUUUGCAAGGUUUUGAGAAGAAAUGUUUCCUGUAGAGGAACAUAUUUUGGGUAGGCAUAUAGCACAGAAAAUUUAUGCAAAUCUAGUCACCAGUAAGAAACAAUCAAUGAGCACCUAAAUGAUUUAAAGAUUUAUGUGCAGUACAUAGAAUUUUAUGACUAAUUUGUUAUUCUGCUCUUGGGAUAAACAUAGAUGUGUACUACUCUACUACCAUUUCAAAAAAUGUUUUGAGUGGAUUUUCCAGACUUGAAACUUUCAAAAAAAACUUUCGCACUUCGAAUUUGUAUUUGAAAGAUUCAGGUCUGGUGAACUUGGAAUGUUAAAAAAAAAAACAACAAAAGAACACACAUAGGGAUGGAUAUUUUGUUAACUUUCCCAAGACAAGCUAUUCCUUGCAAAUAUUUCUAAGGGAGAUAAUUCAGAUCGGCAUGAAAUUUCUGCUUCUUUUCGUAUCAAACGAUGUGUAAAUACAUAGGUGUAUAGAUAUUUUGCUUAUGCAUACACAUUACAUUGCUCAUAUUUUAAAGCCAUUUUAAAGUAAGACCCAUUUUCUUCUGCCUUCCAUUCAGAAAUGGAAUCAAAGCACUGAAGAUAGAUGAUGAUCUGUAUAUGAUGAAAUUUACUUAAUUACUUUUUUUUGCAUGCAUUUUUUUUUAAUUAUAUUUUUUGUCUAUGGAGAUCUUCACCUUGAUUUUUAAAGAUAACAAUUGUUUUUUAACCAGUAUGAAUUUUCAGCCUUUGUUGUAAUGAUUGCAUUAUAAAAGUUUUAGAAUUGCUUGACAGUUUUCUUAAAAUUUUCAAUUAAACUUACACACCAGUGUAUACACAUGUUUAUAAUGAAUCUCAUUACUCUCUCAUUGUCAGUUAUUUAUUUGUUACUUGUUAAUGAGUUGCAUUGGUUAUCAUGUGGUUAUAAAUAUCGUAUUUUGUUAUUAGAGCCAAGUUUUGUGUUGUGAAUCCAUUGUAUCGCUGAAUUUUAUCACUUACAGUACUUAAUCAUACUGAGUUUUGAUUUGUCUAUAUGCUGAUCUUUUUUUUUUUUCUUUCUGGAAAAUAAUUUUUCAUUAAAGUCGUCUUCAUGUUGAACGAGGGGGAAAACUAUAUUACAAUACACUGUAAUACUUUAUCAAAAAAGUUAAUGUUGUGAAUUUGAAACAUAUUUGUUACAUUAAUGUUAUAAUAAUCGCAGUGCCUAUUAUUUCAUUCAAUAAAAUGUUACCAGAUUA